CCGACAGCUACACAGUAGCACUUCGCUACAACUUGAUGCUGUACAUCUCUCAUCCUACUCUCGGACGGCUACAAGUCUCCUCGUCGUGCAUAGUAACAGGCCACAGGAGAACUUCGAAAAGGCUUUCAAACCUGGAACGAUGCCCGAGCAGCAACAUCUAGACAUCGACCUGCAUGUCCGAUACAUCCAGCAACUCGACACGCACAAAGAUGACCUGAGCUAUCACUUGACGGAGCAUCUCCGUAUGAACGGAGUCUACUGGGGUCUCGUCGCGUUGUGUAUCAUGGGCAGACAAGACGCUCUGGAUCGGGAUGAGAUGGUACGAUACGUCAUGUCGUGCUGGGACGAAGAUAUGGGAGCUUUCGGAGCUCACCCAAAACACGACGGACAUCUUCUCUCAACGUUAUCAGCAAUACAGAUCUUAGCCAUUCAAGACAGCCUGGAUAUCGCGAAUACCGACCGCCUGGUCAAGUUCCUCCUCUCAUUAGUACAUCCCGAGACCGGUCGAGUAGCAGGCGACCGUUGGGGCGAGACAGAUACCCGGUUCUCAUACAUCCUCGUAUCGGCCUUAUCGCUACUCGGACGACUGAAAGAUCUGGACGAAGCUUUAGAUGGGAAAGGGAGGCAGUUGGUCAUCGGCCACAUCGAGCGAUGUAGGAAUUUCGAUGGAGGGUUCGGGUCGGAUGAGGGGAGCGAGAGUCAUGGUGGUCAAAUCUUUGUCUGUGUGGCAGCGUUGGCGAUACUGGACAGGUUAGACCUGGUAGACGUCGGAACGCUAGCAUGGUGGCUCUCCGAACGACAACUACCCAACGGAGGUUUGAAUGGGCGGCCAGAAAAAUUGGAAGACGUUUGUUACUCGUGGUGGAAUCUGUCGGCAUUAUCGAUACUAGGGAAGUUGCACUGGAUCAACGAGGAAAAGCUCAUCGAGUUCAUCCUGGAAUCACAGGACCUUGAAGGGGGAGGUAUAGCAGACCGGCCAGGCGAUUGGGUAGACGUCUUUCAUACGAUUUUCGGCCUUGCGGGUCUGUCAAUGCUUGGCUACCCGGGCUUGCAGGAUAUCGACCCGGUUUAUUGUAUGCCGACCGUGGUGACGGAGAGGAUGGGUCUGAAGAAGGAAUUUCAAAUGUUACCACGCCGGACGGCAUGAUGACCAUCGAGAUGACAUUUUCACCUGCAAUUAUAGGAGGACACGAUAGCUUGCCUGCGACAUUGCCUUCGUACCAGCUGCCUGGCAAGAUGGGUCGGCCAAGAUACGACACCUUGAACUUUCAGGCCGUCAUGAGGGCAAUUCGAAUGGUUCACCUCGAUCAAACUAUCGUGGUCUUCAUCGUCCUCCUGCGCGAUCACCAGUUUCUGAUACAGUGGCUCAUCUUGCGGUGGGACGGUUCAACAUGAACCCACACUGAACCAGGGCUUUUCGCGCACGGUUGAGGAACACGGAAAACAAGUAUGAGCAAAUGAAGCUGACGGUUUCGCAUGUAGGGGACCCUCUCGAUGCGAUGCAUGCAGCCAGGCUUGGGUACAGGUCAG